AUGUCAGUGAGAAUUAAAAAGAGGUCGAGGGUGCCUGGAGUUAUGAUCACCCAAUAUGUGGAAGAACUACCUGAAGGCAUGACCACCCCAGAUUUCACUCGGAAACCAAUUGCUCUGACGAUUCAAGAAGGAAAACAAGCUAUCUUCAAGGCAAUAGUUACUGGCAAACCGACACCAACUGUGACCUGGAUGAGAAAUAAUGGAGAAAUUAAUGAAGAAAGGUACAAAAUCUUCUAUGAAACAAGCUCUGGUGAACACCAGCUACAGAUGGCAGAUGUAUCAGUGGAUCAAGCUGACACCUACAAGUGUUUUGCCGUAAAUGAAUAUGGAAAAGCAAUUGUAACUGCUGCCCUAAAUGUUAUUGAAGCAAUCCGAGAGACACCUGAGGAUUUCAAAAAGGCCUUAAAAAAUACGGUUGACAUUGAGCCAAAAGAGGAGGCAAAACCAGAAAUCGAUGAAAAGUUUUGGGAUUUGUUGUUGAGUGCAGACAAAAAAGAUUAUGAGAAUAUAUGUGCACGGUAUGGUAUAACUGAUUUCCGUUGGAUGCUGAAAAAACUGAAUGAGAAGAAGACAAUAAGGGAGCAAGAACAGGAAAAGGUAGUUGAAAGACUUUGCAACCUAAAGCCGAUUGAAAUGAAAGCUUCUGGAUUAGCAGAGUUCGAACUUGAAAUGUCACUCAAAGACCCUACAAGCAAAAUCUUCUUAUAUAAGGAUGGAGUUAUGAUUCCUUUUGAUGCUGACACAGAGGUAAAACAUGGAUUGAAGCAAGUGGGAAAGAAGUUUGUGUUUAGUAUCAAUGGUGUUGACCCCGAGGAUGCAGGAUUAUACCAAGUGGAGGUUGAUGGAGUUAAGAUCUUCUCGACUGACUUAAAACUUCCCACUGUAGACUUUUUGGUCAAGAUUCAAGAUGUGAAAGCAGAGGAAAGAGAGGACGCUGUGUUUGAGUGUGUUGUCUCGCAUCCACUGAAAAAGAUUUCUUGGAUGGGCAAGAAUAUCCCACUGGAGCAGGGGGACAAAUAUGACAUCAUUGUGUCAGAGGAUAUGCUGAUUCACACAUUGGUGGUAAAGGACUGCUUGCCAUUGGACAAAGGAAUUUAUGCAGCUGUGGCUGGACUUAAAUCCUGCAAUGCCUGGCUCAUAGUGGAAGCUGAGCUUCUGAGGAUUGCUCAGGAACAAAACGCUAAGAUACAGAAAGAGAGAGAUGAGUUGAUUGCAAAGGCAAAGGCAGAGGCAGAAGCAGCAGCUGCAGCAGCUGCCGUGGCUGCAGCUGAAAAAGCAGAAGCCGAAGCUAAAGCUAAAGCAGAAGCGGAAGUGAAAGCCAAAGCUAAAGCCAAGGCUAAAGCUAAAGCUAAAGCAAAGCCAAAGGCAAAAGCUAAGGUAAAGGCAGAGGCAAAGGCAGAAGCGGGAGAAGCUGCAGAUAAAGCAGAAGCAACCACUGAUGUAGAGGAGGACGAAGACGUAGAAGAGGACGAAGAGGAUGUGCAGAAGGACGAGGAUGUGCAGGAAGAAGAAGUGUCCGAACCAGCUGAAUCUACGUCAUUAGAACCAAAGCAGGAAGACCCUGGAGUUUACUUCACCAGUGGACUGAAUGACGUAACUGCCAUCGUUGGCACAGGUGCAGAAUUGGUCUGCAAACUGAGUAGUGAGGAAUGUGAUGGAGUCUGGUACAAAGAUGGGAAAGAGAUAACAGCUACAGAUGAUAUCUGUAUUGUUAAAGAUGGGACUUAUCGCAAACUAAUUAUCAAAAACUGCAAAGAAGAUGACGCUGGCAAGUACCGAUGUGAAGCUGAUGGGCGUAAAACAGAAGCUGUGCUAAAUGUUGAAGAUCCUCCGAGAAUCAACCCAGAUGAACUGGCUGCAUUCAUAAAACCUAUUACAAUCAAAACUGGGAAAGAGGCAGCCUUCAAGCUGUCCUUUGUUGGCCGGGAACCCAUGAAGAUCCAGUGGUACAAUGAAGGCGAAGAGUUGUUGGAGGACACCCAUGUCAGGAUUGAGAAGUCUUCAUCACACAGUCGCCUGCUGCUAACCAAGUGCCGACGCAAAACCACAGGAGAAAUUAAGAUUAAGGUUAAAAAUGAAUGUGGAACAAUUGAGGCCACUACCAAGAUUGUUGUAUUAGCUUACCCUGGACCUCCUUCCACGCCAAAAAUUGUUAGCGCUUUCAAAGACUGUAUCAAUCUUGCUUGGUCUGCACCUUCUAAUACCGGAGGAACUAACAUUUUGGGAUACAACGUGGAGAAACGCAAGAAUGGCAGUAAUUUGUGGGGCCUUGUCAACCCGCCCGAUGAGCCCAUUAGAGAGAAAAAGUACGCAGUGAAGGAUGUUGUUGAAGGCAUUGAGUAUGAGUUCCGUGUAUCAGCUAUCAACAUUUCUGGUGCUGGAGAGCCAAGUACACCCUCUGAAUUUGUUAUUGCAAGAGAUCCAAAGAAGCCCCCUGGUAAAGUUAUCGACUUGAAGGUGACAGACUCCACAUACACCACCUUAUCACUUGGCUGGACCAAACCCACCGAGGAAGAAGGGGUCCAAGAUGAAGCCAAAGGAUUCUUUGUGGAGCUCAGACCAGCAGAAGACCCAGAAUGGGGUCGCUGUAAUUCCAGUGCUAUCAUUAUGACCUCCUACACUAUUAUGGGUCUGAAGUCUAUGGCCAUGUACUGGGUAAGAGUUGUAGCCACCAAUGAGGGUGGAGAUGGUGAGCCUCAAGAGCUGGACAACUACAUCAUUGCAAUGCCUCCUCCAGUGAGACCUCAAUUCACUGAUAAAAAAAUAAAGAACUUCAUGGUAAUGAGAGCUGGGAACUCUGCUCGAGUCAACUUUAACUUUCAGGCCUCUCCAAUACCAACAAUUACAUGGCUCAAGGACGGCCUGCCUGUACCCAAGCAUGUGACAGUUAGCAACGCAGACACAUCAUCGCAGUUAAUCAUCCCCUCAUCAGAGCGACAUGACACUGGGAUCUACACCAUCAUUGUGAAGAACCUUGUUGGUCAAGAGACCACCAGUGUUGAGAUAAGAAUAACAGAUGACCCCAAGCCUCCAGGUCCCGUCGAGCUGGAUGAGAACGUGCCGGGAACAGUGACGGUCAUCUGGACUCCUUCUCCAGAUGAGAAGAAAGACGACAGGCUGCACUACAUGAUCACCAAGCGUGAUUCUGUUAAGCGUACUUGGCAAACCGUGGCAGACCAUCUCUUUAAUAACAAGUUCACUGCCAUCAACAUCAUGCCGGGAAGGCAGUAUCAUUUCCGGGUGUAUGCCAAGAAUGACAUGGGGCUUUCAAAACCCUCUGAGUCAGCAACCUGGGAAGUGAAGAGAAAGAAAGAAACAUUGUCUUUGAACCUUCAUGCCUCUAAGGACUGCAGCUUUGAGGCGCCUCCAUCAUUCACUGUUCCACUAAAAACGCACAACAGUCCAGAGAGUUAUGAGUGCUACAUGAGUUGUGCAGUUACAGGAAACCCCAGACCCCAUGUUACCUGGUACAGAAAUAACAUCAGCCUCAACACCAACACCAACUACUACAUCACCAAUACAUGUGGGGUCUGCUCCAUGGUGAUACUCAAAGUCGGGCCCAAGGACAGUGGAGAUUACACAGUCAUAGCAGAAAACCCUCUGGGCAGAGUGGAGUGUUCAACUAAACUCGUUGUUAAAGAUUAGGAUGAAGCUGCGGUCUUGAACUCCUGAAUGUGCCUGCUCUAUUUAAAUGAAUGGAAGGUAAAGGAUUUGCCAAAUUGAAACCUGUUGUUAUCUGUUUUUUGUUUGUUUGUUUGUUUUGUGAAUUAAUGUAUUAAUGUGUUUAAAUAAACUUUGACGGAGAAAGGCUGAAAGAGAGAAAGAAAGGAAGAACUCUUGAUAACUACCUACAAAUGUUUGAAAGCACUAAUAAAAAAUGUCAGAGUAGAUUCUGUUGUACUCAAGUGCAGAUUCUACUCAAUUUAUCUAAUGCAUGCAAAGAGGAAUUUGACAAGGGACAUCUGAGAUUCAGAAUUAGUGAUAUGUUAAUAUUGCACCCAAACAUGUUUAUUUAUUGACCUAUUUUUCCUUGAGCUGUGACUAUAGUUAGUUUCCUCUGCUGUUUUCUGAAUAAGACACAAAAUUUUACAUUUUUUUCUGAAGUUACUAACUCAUGGAAAACUGAC